UGCUCAUUAUCAGCAGGUUUCCCCUGUAAGUUACCUCCUCAGAAAGUAUGCAGCUGUUUCUCACUACGGAAGAGGUUUCACACGUAGGCGUAUUAUGCUUUCAAGCAAGUCGGGUUUACUGUAAAGCUACGGAAAAGUCUGGGCGGUAACUGACAAGAUUGACGUUUAUUUUGACCACGUUUUUUUCACGAGAAAUACAGCUGUGUCGCUGUAUCCUGCAGACCUGCUGGAGGCACAGCUGUCAGGAGUUUAAUCCACCGAGCUCAGAUUAAGCUAGCUGCAGCAGUACAGCAUGUCAGGGAUUACUGCCAGUACAACAAACUACCUGUGGUCUUUACAAGAUGUCCUCGGUCAAGGGGCUACUGCUAGUGUCUAUAAGGCACGCAACAAGAGGUUGGGUGAGCUAGUAGCUGUCAAGGUAUUUAACAUGCUGAGCUACAACCGUCCUCAUGAGGUCCAGAUGAGAGAGUUUGAGAUGCUGAGGAAGCUCAACCACAGCAAUAUUGUCAGGCUGUACGCUGUGGAAGAGCUGCCGUCUAAACAGAAGGUGCUGGUGAUGGAGUAUUGCUCAGGAGGAAGUCUGCUCAGCGUCCUGGAGGAGCCAGAAAACGCCUUUGGCCUGCCUGAAACUGAGUUCCUCACAGUCUUGCAGUGUGUAGUGCAGGGGAUGAACCACCUGCGGGAAAAUGGAGUGGUACACCGGGACAUAAAGCCAGGCAACAUCAUGCGGCAGGUUGGGGAGGACGGCAGGUCUGUUUAUAAGCUGACAGACUUUGGAGCAGCGAGAGAGCUUGAGGAUGAUGAGAAGUUUGUGUCCAUCUAUGGAACUGAAGAAUAUCUGCACCCAGACAUGUAUGAGCGUGCUGUGCUGCGUAAGCCUCAUCAAAAAUCCUAUGGCGUGAGUGUAGACCUGUGGAGUAUUGGUGUGACAUUUUACCAUGCUGCCACCGGGAGUCUUCCCUUCACACCGUACGGGGGACCCCGCAGGAACAAGCUCACCAUGUACAAAAUAACAACGGAGAAGCCCAUGGGGGCAAUAGCUGGGAUACAGCGAGUGGAGGACGGGCCUAUAGAGUGGAGCUACCACCUCCCUCACAACUGCCAACUUUCACAGGGUCUGAUGGUGCAGCUGGUUCCAGUACUAGCAGGUAUACUGGAGGCUGACCAGGAGAGGUGUUGGGGUUUUGACCAGUUCUUCACAGCCACCACAGACAUACUGCAGAGGCAGCCAGUUCACCUCUUCUCUCUGCAGCAGGCCAUGGCACAUUGCAUCUACAUUCACCACUACAACACGGUGUCAGUGUUCUUUGAGGAGGUGGCGUCUCAGACUGGUAUGGCAGUUCAGCUGCAACAUCUUCUGUACCUGGGUCACGACCUCCCUUUGGAGGGCAACAUGAAGGUGGUCAACCUCCCGCGUACUUCACCUACCCGGCCCCUCAUUCUGCUCAGCUUCGAGCCUGAAGCAAAUACCAGCCUGCCCUAUAGAGAACCAGAGACUCCUGUCAUCCCAUCCAGGUUCGAUGUUAUGGCAGACUACAACUUCUCCAAGGUCAUGGUGGGAGUGGUCCACCAGUAUGUGAGGAUAGUACAGUUGCUGCACACACACCGAGAGCUGCUGUUGCAAGGAUACUACAGCUACAUGAUGAAGCUGCGCAGGGAGUGCGAAGAAGCGAUGCACAAUAUCACGAUGAUCACCAUUAGACUGCAGUCUUGCCUCAACUUAGAACACAGGACUCACACACUAGGCCUUUAUGCUUCGGAAAACCAAGUUUCAGCUGAUAGCAGACAGAAGCUGCAUCUGGUCCGUGAGCAUCUGCCCAUAUACGCUGCAGGAAUCCGGGAGUUUCAGAACCGACUGGAACAUCUGCAGAUUGAACAGGCCAAGCUAGCGGAGACGCUGGCCAAUGACAAGAGCUGUCAGAAGAUGGAGAUGCUGCUGCAGAAGAUUACGGCAAUCCAUCAGCAUUAUCGUAAAGAUAGACUAACUGGCAGUAUGUAUGUUUUGUUGUUUGUAUAUACUGGAUUUUUACUACUCUUUUUGAAAUCACCUUCCUCUUAUCUUACUUCCACCACAGAGUUGGCAUACAAUGACGAGCAAAUCCACAAGUUUGAGAAAAUCCACCUGUCGUCCCACAUUAAGCGAGUGAAAUCUCUUCUUAGAGAGGACUGCUUGCAGAGAUACAAAGAGCUGCUGGCCUCAACGCGGACUUGGAGCAGUGUUUUACUGGAGAUGCAAACCCGCCUGCAGGACUUCAGCUCUUUCUCCACAGGCUUGUUGGCAGACCUGGAGAUGAGUGAGCAGCAACAAAAUAAGGCUCUGGACACAAUCCUUUUCAAUUUGCAGUCCAAGCAAACCGAACAACCGCCCGGAAUCACACCCAGGGACAAGGACCAGAUGGUCUCUAGGAUGCAUCAUUUGAAGGAGGAAAUGGAGAUGUUGGUGAGAGAACUACAGUGUAACAACACCAUCAUUGAGAGUUUGGGAGCAGUGAAUCCUGCAGCAGCUCUGGAUCCCAGGUUGGCCAGACCCUCUACACUGUGACAAAAGUGCAUCAUCUUAAAUCACAAAUCCCACACACUCUUUCUGUCAAGCACCUAAUUUUAGCUGCCACUCACGAACAGUUCUGGAC